GAAGAUGACUCUGUCAUGGAUGAGCUCAUGGUUGAGUGGUUCAACUUGAUCAGGAACAAGCAGGUGGCCAUGCGCCGCGAGUCUGAACUGGUUUACAUAGGAAGAACUCAGGAACUGGAGGAGCAGCAGCCCAGUGUUGAGCAGGAGCUCAGGAGACUGAUGGACAAACCAGAACAUAUGAAAACAGCCUCGGACAGAAAGAGGGAGCAGCAGCUGAUGGACAAGCUGGUGGGGAUCGUCAAUGACAGAAACGCCAUCAUAGACGGUCUGGACGAGGACAGACUCAGGGAGGAAGAGGAGGACGAGGAGCUAAACAAGAUGAUGAGGACUUUGAGCAUGAAGAAGGACAAACCAAAGAAAAAGUCUCCGGUGUCCAGACUGUUCAACUGGGGGAACAAGAAGGAGGGAUGAUGCUCUUCAAAGGUUCUGUCUGUGAUGUCUCGUGUUCUAGUCUUAAUGUCAGUGAUUCAGGGGAUACUGUCAGUCACUCUGUCUGGCUCAGCGCUUUUAGAAAAAUACCCCUCCCUCCUUCAAGAUCUGACGUUACCACACACACACACACACACAGACACACACACACACAGACACACACACACACACACACACGGAUGAUGUUGAGGGGGUUAAUGACUCACCAGCCGUGAUGUGAUUGGGUUCAGUGCUCUGGUUGUUAGUUUUAAUCCCCUUCUAGUCUUAAUCUGUUUACUUAACGCUCACAAACACUCACACACCCUCUGAACGUCGCCGUACUUAUUGAAAUGUUUUGCUCGUGUACAGUCACACUGAUGCUAAUGGGAGUUAAUAGGGAACAGGAGUCAUGGCGGAGGUCCGGCAGCUGUGUCGCACUCUCUGCUCUUGGUUUUAGUCUCUGUGACGAACCUCGGGUCCACGUUCUGACCCUGGUGGCGUUGCUCACGUCAAACAACAUUUCUCUUUAAACCACAAAUGUGUUUUACUGUGAACGUUUCGGGACAAAUACGACACUCGACCAAUAACCAGUCUGUGUCGAGCACUGACCUUUGACAAGCUCUUUUUAAACUGAAUCGUUUUAUUAUAUGAGGGGAUUUUCUAGACAUAUUGUUUCCCUACCUGGUGGUCGAGACCUUUUCACAGCCUUUCUUCAUUCUAUCAUAUUAAAUACAUGAUUUUACAUCUUCAGGCAUCCACCAAUAUUCUGUAUCCCUCUCUACAUACACUGAUGCCUUUCAAAGCAAUUGUAUGAACUCUUCAAAAUACAUUUAAACAUAUUAUAAAGAUGCAGUUGAUACUUAAACAUGUGUAAGAAAGUCACUGGAAAUCAGGUUCUGCUCUUUUCUUUUUACCGUCACUCUCUUAUGUGUUGCCUUUAAAUGUUUUCCUGUUUGACUGGAGAAAACGCAGGAGUCCAGUCAGGAGUUUUCAAUCUUAACCCAAUGUGAGAACUGGUCCAUAUUGGAUUUGAACAUGAGCUAAAUGACCUGUUUAAUCUUUUCAUGAUGUUAUGUGUAUUCUUGCAGAGGCACUAUUUCUUUUUCUGUGUCAUGACCAAACUGUUUUAACAGAGUUAGUUGGCACUUAAUGAAAUGUGAUGUUGUACAUAUGGUAAAGCUCUUGACCUCUUUAUAUCUGUCACAUGUGAAUAUUGUAUAAAGUUUGUUCUAACAAUAGUCUUAUAAUUAAAUGGAGAAACUGACCUGGA